AUGUCUAGUAAAGAAGAAACUAGAAAUAGCACAUCAUCUACGCCUACAUCGCCUUCCAGCUUUUUUGGAGGCUCGUUUUUCUCGAGCGUUACUUCCAGCGUAAAUGCGCUUUCACAAACUAUCCAAACCAAGGGCAUCCCCGAGUUUAACAAACGACUCAAUGAACUUCAACAGCGUGCCCGUGAUAUUCCAAACCAAAUAGCUACGUUGCAGGGUGAUUUGGAAUCAGAAAGAGCAUCGUUUGUCAAGAGCAAAAAGUUGGAUGAAAAGAAUGGCACCAUUCAUCAAUCUCUAGGUUCAGAACCUGUUGCGCCAUGGACUGGAUAUCAAGGCUACGAAAGCGAGAUGAAGCAAGCCAUUUUGGAUAUUUCCAAGGACGAGAGAAACUUUUUGAUUCCACCGCCAGAAGAUACAAGCUUUCAAUUUGAUCUGAAUGCCUACAGUCAGAGUGCUCAAGCAGCUUUAAAGGAAGACGAGAAUCUCUCACACUUAAGAUUUGUACUGGUCCCACAACAAGUGAGUGAACCCACUUUUUGGAAAAAUUACUUUUACAGGGUGACAUUAGCUAAGCAAGCUGUACUGAAUCAUCCUCCCAAUGAACAGCCUGCCGAACUGGCGAAUCAAGAUAUACUGUUCGAUUUCAAGGAUGAAGAGGAGGAUGAAGAGGAGGAAAAAGAGAACAAGGGGAAUACAAAUGAUACAAUCAAGCGAAACGAGACAGGAAAGGAGGAUACCAAGAGUGACAAUAAAGCAACACCAGUCAAAGCAGAUCUUUCUCCUAUUGAUACUACUACACCCAGUAACAGUAAGCAAGAAGAGUCUUAUGAAGGUAUGGAAGAUUGGGAGAUUGAAUUAAGAAAGGCGGCAAUUUAA